CGACACAAUGUUCAGUUCAAACCAAGCAGCUCUGCUCUUCUUCCAGCUGCUGGGGAUGCAUCGUGUCUUUGGAGGGGAUCUUUCAGUUCAGCAGAGCAGGACGGUGGAGGUGUUCAGAGGAGAACCAGUAGAGCUCGACUGCAAUUUAUCAACAACAAAUAGAAAACAAUUCUCCUGGAUGAAAGACAAAGUUUUGAUUUUUUCCAUCCAUAAGAAUGAGACUUUUUAUAACCUCUCCUCUCCAAGACAAAUCAUACAUCAGGACUCUUUUACCAGGCUCAGUAUUCUGAAUGCUCAGGCUGAAGAUGAAGGACUUUAUCUAUGCUCUGUAUCCUGGCAGCGUGGCUUGUAUAGUAUUGAAUGGAAUGUAACUGUGACUGAGGAAGAUUCAUGGAAAUUUCUGAUUAUAGUCACCGUAGGAUUUCCUUUCUGCUGCUUAAUAUUAACUGUCUGCCUCUACAGAAAAUGUAAGACGAGAACCACCAAUCAGGAUCCAGUGCGAGACCAGAGUCAACCACAGUCAGCAGAAGUGGCAGACCUGACUCGACCACAAACACACACAGGUCAAAGGACGAACAACAAUCGGUGGAGUCAAUACUUUGAAAGACAUAAUUCAAUCUACGAUCACAUCUGAGCUGGAGAGUCUUUCAAAUAAAGAAACAGAGAUAAAUUAUAAUGGAUAUUUCAAGAUUCAGUUUCCAAAUAUGUGCUGAAAGAAAAGUCGUCACAGGAAGGACAAGUGAUGAAGCCAUGGCAUUAUCAUGACUGUAUGAAAGCAACUCUAAAUAAUGGAUUGGAUUUUUACCUCAUCUGUUUUAUUUAGGUUCCUUUCAGUAAUUUAAUAUAAUCUCUCGUUUGUUUAAAAUUUCAGUUUUGGACUCUCAUGCUGCUUUGUGAGUUUGUACAAGUUACUGAAAAUGACUCCUUUGUUAAUGAUUAAUCCUUGAAAAAAAACUGGGGUUAUUUGAACAGAAGAAAAGAAGGAAGCUUAUUUUGUUUAAUUAUUUCUGUCAGCUUGGCCUGAAUCCAUUGUUUUAUUGUGGCGUUGCCGUCAGGUUUGUGUCUGUUUCACUCGUUAAGCUCAGUUCCUUCAGGGCUUUUUUUUUGGAAUGAACUUCAAACACUAAGUGUAACAACACGAGCUUGUGUGUGUGUGUGUGUGUGUGUGUGUGUGUGUGUGUGUGUGUGUGUGUGUGUGUGUGUGUGUGUGUGUGUGUGUGUGUGUGUGUGUGUGUCUGCUGAAGGUAUGUCGAUCAAUAAAUAUCAUCUAAUUAUGUCAUAAAUUCCUAGAAACUGUCAAAGAUCAAACACUUUUUCUAUUGAUAGAAUCUCACAAGUUGAACCACAACUUUUUAACACUGUUGGGUCAAUCUGAUCAGUUGCAAGAAAAAUAAAAUAC